GUCUCUAAUAGGAAUGAAUGCCUUGAAUGUCGUACUCUAGGGAAACAAAGCUCUGGAGCACCGGAUUUUAGAAGUAGAAGUGUGCCAUGUCAGAGUUGAUUUUCAGACGACAAGAUUUGGAGUCUUAGUUUCUAAAAUUUUGACAUCUUGCCCCAGUUUGGAUACCAUGACUCUACCCCUGACUUGCAACAUUAUUUUAUCUCCACAAAUAACACAAGCCUGAAGAAGUUCUGAUGUGUGGUGGAGUUGCUAAUGCUAACAGUUAGCUUCUAUUAGCCAAGACAUUCUCUGUUGAUUCCUGGAUGCUAAAACAACAGCUGUCAAAAUUAAAUAAACAUUUUGCUUCUAAGAUAAAUGUUUAUCUUCAUAUGUAUUUUAUGUAUGAAAUAUGAUUAACUGAUGUUCUGUGAAAUGUAUUCUUUGAUCAUUUUGGAUGCAGCAGUACACAUUUUUUGUACCAGAGAUUUUUUAAUUGAUAUUUCGCCGCUUUUCCAUAUUUUUAAAGCAGAAAUAUAGCAGUUUUGCGUAGAUAAGAAAUUCAAGUGAUGCUGUUUUCUCUGCUUCUUAAAAUGGCACGAAGAAGGUCCCUCUCUUCUCCCUCCGUUUCUUCUGAACAAAGUUUCAAACAUCCCACAGGAUGCUGUUGUUUCACCUUUUAGAGCUAUCUCAUUGUCACAAGUUAAUGAACACAUUACUACGGGAAAUGUUCUUGUUAAAGCGAGAUUAUGUCCCAUUAUAAAAGAAGCUUCCUUGUCAUUAGGAGAUAUUGCGGGCUAGGGCACUGACGGUAUAAUUUCCUUGCUUUAUGUAAAUCUAAAAGUUUUUUGUUAAUGAACGGUGUUUCCUUUUCCACUCGGAGCCCCAUACAUCUGAGUGGGUCUGCUGUCUGGAGUAGCAGUGCCCUCUCCAGCUGACCUAAGCACAGAGCAUAUUAACAAUCUGUCACGCAGCUGCAGCUGAGAGGAUUAUAUUUACACACGAGCUCCUUCAGACACAAUCAGCGUCAUCAGAACAGUUCCCCUCCCACUUUAUCAUCUGUCUGGUAAAAUAAUGAUUUAAUGCUGCAUGCAUUAAUGUAAAAUUAUUAUCAUUUAUCUCAACAGCCACCUAAAGGAGCCUCCAAUGCAUUGAAGCUGUCUCGUGCUUUGCGCACAGUAGAUGAUUAUCGCUGCAGCAGCGCAAAUGUGCACUUCCCAGCAGCUGGAACGCAGCGCUGAAAUUACAAAUAAAAAAAUGGGUUAAAAUCAGUUUCCACGCAGCGUUUUGUGCUCUGAGCAGAUCCUCGCAUGUAACACCCAGAAGUGAACAGCAGGCGACCCGGAAGGUUUGAAGUCUGACUGAAGGAAGAAAAAAAAACCAAAACACUAAAAACCCGGAAUCUGAUCCUUUUAUUAAACAUUUCUCCUCUCGCCGCUGCAGGUAUGUCGCUCUCUUCCUGCUUCUUUUCGCUGUGUUCUGUCUGCGUCGCUUCGACUGCGUUUCUGUUGAAGUCAUGCACAACUUAAAAUAAAAAAAGAGGAUUUAUUUUCCGUUGUGCGCCAAUCUUCCCAUAGCGCGUCGCUGCCAUCCUCAUCAUCCUCAUCAUUUGUGUCUGAGGAGCAGUUCAGAAGGCACGCUGAUGGUUGUAGGAAGUGUCAGGGCUUUUUUCCCCCUCUCUCACCAAACCGGGCUAUUCAAACCUGCAAAUCAAAGUAAACAAUCAUUCUGCUUGACGCAAAGAUGCCGCAUGCAGGCGCGUCGCAGCGACGUGUUUAUGCCAUCCGGCGGAUUUUUGGGGCUUAGAAUAUUCAGAUCUGCAGAAUAUGGCGUCCGUUGCUUAUAAAAAUAAGACAGAGCUGCCAUUUUUGUUUUCCUUUUGUCUGAUUUUUUUAAAAUAAACUGUCUGAGAAUGUGGGAGAGGUGGCGGGCUGAGCGAGGCUCUGCAGAGGACUAUCCUCACUCUGAGAGCUCAUCUAAAGCUGCAAAAAUCCUAAUUUAAACAUUAGUUUAUGUUUGACUCUAUGUAUUCUUAUUAUGAUUUCAUCCAGUGGCACAUUUAGGUUGAAAAGUAGGACAGUUAGUUUAUAAUGAAGCAGAAUAAAUGUACAAUUUAAUCCAUCACACCACUUUUGUCAUAAAACCCAAGAUAGUUGUUAUUAUUUAAACAUUUUCUGAUACUUUACCCUGAAAUUUUAUAAAACUUUGCAAACUUUUUGCCAGAAAUUAGGAUUUUCUUUUACAAAUUCUACAAACAUUUUAACAAGUUGUUGCUUUAAUACUCGGAUUCAUUAGGAAAAUACUAUUUUCAGCUGUUUAAAUGUGCAGGAAUAUUAACAUCCAAGUAAAAAUAAACUACCAGAGUGUUGAGGAAAGUUCAACAGACUUGCUGAAAAAAGCAAACCUUGCUGUUUGGAAGGGUUUGAAGAUCUUAAAAAUGCUUUAAUUUUUUUCUAAAGCUUUUUUAAAUGCUUAUUUUAAAAAGUGACACCAAGAAGUGCAAAAGCAGUGAACGUCCCCUCUGGGACAGGCGGCCUGCAGGAAGUGGAGCUGAUCCCCUCUGGCAUCGUUAGAGAAACAUUCAGUGAAGUCCAUUGUGAACUCGAACCCCGAGAUGUAUCCGUUUUGUUUCUCUUGGCUUGCAGAUGUGGACUGUGUUCUGCUUCUGCUAAGUCAAACAGACUCUGGAAUGGUGCAGAGAGCCAAAGCACGCAAGGCUAAACGUUUGAGAAAGAACUUCACGCAGGGUCAAGGAGAGAAGUUCUGAGAAGAAAGCAGAAAGGGUCUCAUCUUACCCCAGAAAUAUGGAUGUUCCUUCCCAUCAGAGCUCUGAUGAACCAGCUGUUUCCACACAGAAAAGUUGUAAAAUACUUGUACCUAAUGCUAGUGAGAGGACUGCGCUGGUCUUUGUCUCUUAACCGACCCCCCCGUGUUGAGGAGAUAAAAAGUUUGGUAUCUGAACCACAUCACCUCUGUUUUUCCUGAUAGCUGCUCAGCUAGCUCUUAAAAACAUGUGACAGCGUUUAUCUCUGAGGCGGCGUGCACAUAGUGACGAGAGAAAAACCAGCAGAUUCAUUCAUUAUAAAGCAGAGAGAUCCUGCUGACUUCACUCCUGCUGGCAGCUCAGAAGCAUCCUCCUGGAGCCAUGAGUUGGUGAGAAGAGCCAAGAUUUAAACCAAACCUAAAACAUUAUCACACAGCUGAUUAUAAUAAGCUGCUGCUUGGGUGGAUGGGCAGUUUUACCCACCAACAACAAUCCCUCAAAGAAAUGAACUGGUCAGGAAUGUCGAACAACAACAAUUUAAGAAUGGCUGAAUCUCGCUUUAAUAAUCCCUAUUUUUGGCCUCCGCCCCCCGCCAUGUCCGGCCAGCUGGAUAAUCUAGUCUUGAUCAAUAAAAUCAAGGAGCAGCUGAUGGCGGAGAAGAUCCGGCCGCCACAUCUGACCUCUUCAGCUGCUUCCCAGCAGCCUUUGCUCUCUCCCUUGGGGCAGGCUGAAGGACACCAAAAUGGGAUAUCCAAGCCUCAGCAAAUGUCGGCCCUCCACAGUCCUGGCGCCUCUCAGCCUGAUGUGGCCCUGCAUGCUCGCCCUGCUUCCAGCUCAGUCACAGGUCGUAUUCUGGGGGACGUGAACUUGAACUUGGAUGACAAGGCAGCUAUAAAAGCCAGAGGAUUGUGGGAAGACUGGCACCUGCGCCAGCUCAUGGACCAUCCCUCCAGGACAAACCACGUCUCAGGUGUGGCGCUGGCAUCCAGAACAGGCAACCUCAGCACCUCAGAGAUCAUCACCCCCACAACGCCCACCUCCAGCAGCCACAGCCGACUCGGUGGAGCUCCAACCCCUCACUUCAUCUCAGGGGUCGAGCCUGGGAAGAACAAUUGUGGUGGCCUCGUAGGACUCCUGGGUCCUCCUCCAAAGCCGGAACGAGGGCGCAAGAAGAUCAAGGCAGAGAACGGCUCCUCCCUUUUGGUCGUGCCCUACCCGAUCCUCGCCUCAGGCAACGAGCAGUCCUGUGUCACCAUCACCGCAAAACAGACAAAAACCUACAGAUGUAAAGUUUGUCCGCUGACCUACUUCUCCAAGUCUGACAUGCAGAUUCACUCUAAAACACACACAGAGGCAAAGGCUCACAAGUGUCCUCACUGUGCCAAGACCUUUGCAAACGCGUCCUACCUGGCCCAACAUCUGCGCAUUCACCUGGGCAUCAAACCGUACCGCUGCUCCUACUGUGAGCGAUGUUUUCGCCAGCUCUCCCACCUGCAGCAGCACACCAGAAUCCACACGGGUGAGCGGCCGUACAAAUGCGCCCAUCCAGGAUGUGAAAAAGCUUUUACCCAACUGUCCAAUUUGCAGUCCCACCAGAGGCAACACAACAAAGACAAGCCCUUCAAAUGCUCCGAUUGCUUUCGUGCCUAUUCAGACUCUGCCUCGCUGCAGAUCCACUUGUCUGCACACGCCAUCAAAAAUGCAAAGGCCUACUGCUGCAGCCUGUGUGGUCGUGCUUACACCUCGGAGACAUACCUGAUGAAGCACAUGUCUAAACACGUCAUGGUGGAACAUGUGGUGUCCCAUCAUUCUCCUCCACACAGGACAGAUUCUCCCAACAUUCCUUUACGAAUCUCCUUCAUCUGAGCCCUCUCGUCCUCCCGUCUCAGAAUUUUACUGCUCUGACGGACCCCGAAACUCAGAAAAGGGUUUCAAACGUGUGCCAGCAUUUUGAGAAGAGGUGCUUCUUUUGAUGAGUGUGCUCCCUCUCAUGCUGAACAGAAGAUACUAACACGGUCAUCCAAAGAUGAUUUCAGCACUUUCAGGCCUGAAACCAACAGGCCAAUUGCCUCGUUUUUAUGUGACUUGACAGGGAAAAAAAGGAAAACAAGUAAUGAACGCUCCAGGCAGCUACAGGCGUCAUGUUUUUUAAAUAAGCUAUUUAAUUUCUUCCUUCAAGUUUUCACGAAAUUCACGUUUACUACCAGAAUUUGUUUUCCAUUAAUAAUUGUCCAGUUUUAGGCAUGUGUUUUCAUCUGUUGCAUCAUUUAUAUGAAAUUUGAUCUACUGCAUGGCGCUUUUGUUAGUCAUUUUCCAAACUUUUCUUAACAUUAGAUGGCCAAUUUAUCUAAAAUUACAAAUAAUCACCUGAAAACCCAAAAGGACAGGGCGCCGUUUAGUUUUUCUGGCACAUUAGAUGAAGAAAACCUUACAAAAAUGUCCAAAGAUAGUUAAAUGACACCAUGAGUAAACAUUCUGGUAACACUUUACAGUAAGGGUCUCUUUAUUAACGGUACUUAGUGGAUUAUUAAGCAUUAAUAAAACAAAGGAUCCAACAAAGGAUUUUACAUCCCUGUAGGAAGUAAAAAGCAGCAUUCCAUGAUCAGAAGAAGCACUGCUCUGUAGGAGACCACAAGCGUCAUAAAUUACAGAACUUUGGGGGAAUUUCCAUCAGAUUUUCUGCGUUGGGAGUUUAGAAACUACGACUUUGAAGCAGCAUCAACACUGCUAAUCUUUUUCUUUCAUUUUGCUUUACCUGAAACUCUACCAGUUUUACAAAUGACAGUUGUUUGGUUAUGUUUGCUUUCAUUACCUAUUGAGUUACAACCAAUCAGCAUGAAUUACCCACAGGUUCCGCCCAGCGACGACCAGGCCUUUUUGAGUACAUACCCGUGUUCAUGUGCUAGAUUGGUUCCUAAAAGGGUCCGGAAAAUAGUCUUUUUGGGUUGGUGUGGUGAAAUGAACCCACAUGCAAGUCGUAGGGAGUCCAAGGUCAAGGUCAAGGUCACAUAAAUUUCUAAAGCACACUUAUUAUUGCUUCCACAACCCAAAGUGCUGUACAACACAGAAGAUAAAAUUGCAAACAAGUAUAACUAAAAACCAUAAAAAUUAGCAAGUUAGGAUAAAAACAGCAUUACACCACACAAUUAUAAAAUCAAUAAAAAUGAGAAAGAAUGACAAUGAUACCAUAAAAUCAUCCUACAUAAAAGCCAGGUUGAAUAAAUGAGUUUUAAGCAAGGACUUGAAGACUUUGUGAGGUCCUGAUCUGCAGAGGAAGACUGUUCCAGAGUGUAGGACCGGCCACAGAAAAAGCCCUAUCUCCUCUCGUCUUUAGGCGAGCCUUUGGAACUGACAAUAAAAACUGUGAGCUCGACCGCAAAUUCCUGGCAGGAGUGUAGGGUGACAAAAAAUCAUCUAUAUAAGGAGGGGCCAGACCAUAAAGUGAUUUAAAAACAAAAAGCAACAAUUUAAACUGAAUCCUGUAACACACUGGCAGUCAGUGAAGGGAAGCUAGCACUGGAGGUGAUCAUGCUUCCUUGUACCUGUUAAAAGGCGGGCUGCUGCAUUUUGAACCAGUUGCAAGCGGUUUAAGGAGGAAUGCCCUAAUCCAUAGUACAGGGAAUUGCAGUAAUCUAGUCGACAGGAGACAAAGAGAUGACAUGUUCAAAGACGGUUUCCGGCAAAUAGCACCUAAGCUUUGCAAGUUGCUUCAAGUGAUAAAAACCAGACUGGACCACUGCACUUAUCUGUCUGUCCAAUUUAAACAAACCAUCCAUAAAAAAAAAAACAGGUUUUUCACAUAAGGCUUUACAAAAUCCGAAAGGGAACCAAAUGGGCUCCCCUCACCCUUUAACAGGUCUCCACUGCCAAAAACUAAAAUCUCUGUCUUCAGGUCAUUCAAUUUCAUAAAAUUAAUUGACAUCCAUUGCUUCAAAUCAGCUAGGCAGGCCAUUAAGGAAACUGCUGAAUCCGGGAUGAGUGGGAGAUAUAUCUGAAGGUCAUCAGCAAAGCAAUGAAAAGUAAUGUUGUGUCUGGCAAAGAUAGAGGACAAUGGUAAAAUAUACAGUGAGAAAAGUGUUUGCCCUAAAAUGGAACCUUGUGGAACACCACAAGUCACAGGUGCUGGUGGUGAUGUAAAAGUUCCCAAGUUCACAGGCAAAGACUGUAGACAAGACUGAAACCAAUCAAGCACUGUGCCCCUUAUACCAACACAAGACUCUAAUCGAGACAACAGAAUAUCAUGAUCAAUGGUGUCAAAAGCAGCAGAUAAGUCUAGCCGCAUUAAAGCAGCUGAGUUGCCAGAAUCAGUGAUCAUUAAUAAGUCAUUCACCACUCGUAGAAGUGCACUUUCAGUGCUAGCCGUGCUUUAAACCCCGACUGAAAUUUGUCUGAAAUGUGAUGUGUGGACAGAUAAUCCUGCAGCUGUGCAUGAACAACUUUCUCCAGAACUUUUGAUAAGAAACUAAGUUUGGAAAUAGGUCUGUAAUUAGAUAGGCAAGUUGCAUCCAGGCUUGGCUUCUUUAAAAGGGGAUUCACUAUAGCCAGUAAAAUUACCUGGAAGUUCAGAUGGUGAAAACAAGCCUACUGCGGAGAAAUUCUUAUAUUGGUGUAGAUUCUCAUCACAUGCAGCUAGCUGCAAAAAGUUGUAAGCUCCACCCCCUCCGUGUAUGCAAGCAUGAUCUGUUGCAUAAAAGAGAAAACACCACAGCUGGCUGCUAUGCCUUCAAUUAUUCCUUUUUCUAUUGUGUUUGGUUGUAAUUUGUUAUUUCAUACUGAGAACACCAUGAAUUAUUAGCCAUUUUAACAAGAUACACAAUGCUGGCAAAUCAACACAUUACUAGAAAGGUGCAUCUUAAACGCACCAUGCCGGCAUGGUGAUGAUAUGCGAAUUUUAUGGUAUUCGUUCUGCCUCACUUGGUAGUAAUAUUGCGGUAGUUCUCUGUCUUAUAAAUGGGACUGGCACAACAGAGGGUGGUGUCAUGAUCACGUGGGAUUUUACUCCCGAGUUCCAGCCGGCAACUAUAUUGAAAAUAUAAGUAAGCACAGGUUGUAAGUUUAGCUUUCGUGAACAGAAUUAGCGGAGAUGAUAAUCUGGAGCAAUGCAGGGCUCCUGGAGCUUUAUUCUGUCAGAGCUGGAAGUCAGAUCACCCGAGACUGCACCGAGACAAACGCCUUUAUGUCAUGUUGGGGUUUACGUGCUUGACCCAAGACAUGCAGAAUCAACACAAAAGACAAAUGUAAAAUUAAACAAAGGUUUAUUAAACGAUGCACAGCUAGAGUGUCCCAAACUGGGAGAAGCAGGAGGAGGGGGCAGAACUGGACCUGCAAGUAGAUCUUGGAUUAGUAGGAGGUCUGGUGGUUGGAAGGUGGAGUGGAGGUCUGAGGUGUCCAGUGGGGUCAAGAUAAGGGUUCCAGGGGGUGGGGGGUGGAUGAGCGGUGGUGAACAGGACUGUGGGAAGGAAGAUGCAGGCUGAAGAGAGGUUCAAGAGUAUGGCUGAAAAGUGUGAAGUUGAGCAGGAUCUGAGAAAAACAAGGAGCCAACGUCAGAUAGAGUAAUCAAUAAUAUAACUAGACUAGAGUUUCCUAGAGAGUGAGUGGCAGGAGAAUAUCCAACUGGAGAUAUCCAUGUGGAGUAAUCAACUGGCGUUGAGCACUGGUCUCCCUCCUUCUUUUAAGCCAGCAGUGGCUGAUGAUGAAUCUGCUGCAGCUGGUCUCAUUCAAACACCGCUCACCUGGAAUGACUGCAGAGGCUGAUUAGAGAAUGAGCUGACCUCGGACCAUGACACUUUAAAGUUAAAGUCCCAUUAGUUGUCACACACACAGGUGUGUGUGCAAAAUUUGUUCUCCGCAUUUGACCCAUCCCCUGGGGGAGCGGUGAGCUGCAGACACAGCCGCGCUCGGGAAGUGGCUUGUUAAAAAAACCUAAUGAGCUUUGAUCGCAAUAAAAAAGCAAGCCAUGUCUAAGGCCCUGUCCACACGUAGCCGGGGAUCUGCCAAAACGUUUUCUACGUUUUGGCCUGUCAUCCACACGAAAACGGAGUUUUUUCACAUGAAAACGGAUCUUUUAAAAAACUCCGGCCAAAGUGAAGAUCUGCGUUUUCUCAGUUUUGGGUGUCUGCGUGUGGACAGACAAAACCGGAGUUUUAAGGUCCGCAACGUCACUUUCCGUGACAAAAAAAUGCUGACAUCACGUGUGCGACCUGUGUUUACACUAGCCGACAGCAUGGAUGCCCUCAGAGCUGCGCUCGCUUUAUCAAUUGUCCAAGCACUUUUUGCUUGUUUGUUUUUGCAAGCGGAAUUACUGCUCCUUGCGGAAGACCACAGACGAAGGACGAGGUUAAGAACGGGGGAAGUACUGCCGCCUACAGGUCUGGCAUGUCCUUAACAACGUAUUUAUCCGGGUACGUGUGGACAGAGUUUUUUUUUAAACGAGGUGGUGUGGAUACAAGUUUUUUGAGGGGCGGAUAUUCGUUUAAAAAAACCCGGCUACGUGUGGACUAGGCCUAAGAUAAAUGGAAGUCCGCGGCAGUGGAGAACCCACCCCCUUUAUGCCGCCAUUGUGUAAUCUUUUGUGAAAAGGACACGGUUGCAGCACAUUAAACGCCACCGUGCACUUGUAAAUGACCUAAGGCUUUCCUGAUCCCGCCACAGUGUUGCGGCAAACUGAUGGCAUUGUUUUGUAAAAUAAAUUAUUGUGGGUCAGUGGGCACAGCUUUCAGCUUCAUAAUCAAUACACAACAUGGCAGCACCUGUAAAUGUGUCCCAGGGACGCUGAAUGAUCAGGAAUCCCUGCAGCUAUGCUGAUUAAUACAUUUAUGUGUUCACAAAUCCUGAAUCAUUUGAUAUUCUUUCCCUCAAACAACUGCACCACAACCCAUGUGAGGGCCAAACGAGAAGUCAAUCAUCAGUGUGCAGGAUCUAGAGAGCAAUACCUUCUGACUAAAAAAUCACUCUCAUCUUUUCUAACAUCUUUUCGAAAAACAACAAAUUUAUAUUUUUUCUGCAUUUAAUCAAGAUUUUGCUAAUUUCUGCUCAGUUAAAUAAAUGCUUAAUAAGUAAAGUCCCCAUGUGAUCGUUAAUUAAACCACCAAAUAGAUCCCGAGCACAGCCACAGCUGCAUCUCACCGCUCCCCACAGGGAUGGAUCAAAUGCAGAGAAGAAUUUCACCAGUGUGUGAAGACUAAAGUGACUCUAACUUUAACAAAAACUGGUGAUUUUACAUUAUAAAAUGUAUUUUAAAACUUAUUUUUCUCUUUUGUGAGCCCUUCUCACAGCCACUCAUAAUCAAAUUGAAUAAGAUAAUUAUAGAAAUGAUCACAUUUAUGUGGUCAACUUGUAUUAACUUUCUUCAUUGUUUGAAAGAGAAUUAUAUUUGACUUUGUUCAGAUAUAAUCAGUAAUUUUUUUUCUCGAGGUGGAUUACUUUAACUUCACUGUGUUUAGCAGUAUUAUAAAUUAGCUAAAUUACAUUGCUGAAGUUCAGAUAACCUCUCAAAUACACUUAAUUUUUUACUAAAGCCAUGACAGAACACGAGAGCUUGAUGUUUAAAUUACAUUUUACAUGCACAUCUGCUUAAGCUGCUAUUUACUGACAGCACCACUGCUCACCUGCAGCACAGACACAAACUGGGUCUCCUGCCCUUCCAGUUGGCUCUUGGGUGCCCUGAAGAGUGAAAAAAUGAAUGCAAGUGAAUGGGGCCAAAAGCUGUUUUCAAAUUAGCUUUGCCUCACGACUUCAGUUGUACAUGUGUUGCACAUCAAUUUAAAUGAAAAGUAAUGUGUGUUUAGACCACGCUUGUCACAUAUUUAGAGAUUAAUCAGCUUGUAAAAAUUUUGUAAUUUACUAUGACUAAAAAUCAGGUACAUUGCAUAUAUAACAUCACCACAUAACCGCCUCGCCCCCAGCCUAGCUGCUACUUAUCACAGGGCCAGAUGUAUAGUAGUUCCUCCUGAAGAAGGUAGCUAAACUUACAGCCAUUUUCCUCAGAUUUUCUGCAUGUCUGGUUUGAUUAUGUCAAUUUGGUGAUGCACAUUUGUAGUUAUGGACGUAUUUUCACACAAAACCUAAAAUAACGUUUGUACCCGUUCAAAAAUAAGCGCUUUCUUGGCAUCAGAAUGUGUCUUUAAAAUUCACGGACAUCAUAUGUAAAAUCCAGGGCACGUAACAAACGGGAUUAGAAAAUAGCGUUUUUAACCCCAUUGACUUGCAUUCAUUACUUGGUUCUUCCGGGGACCCGUGGUCCGGAAGUUGAACGGCGUGUCUCCCCAUUAACAGUGAUCUCUGUUAUCCUGCACCGUCCUGGGAGCAGCUUUAUAACAUGUUGCAAAGUUUUAUACAUUUUAUUUUGUUAUUUUACAUGCAUUCCAGCCUUGACUUUGGUACAAGUUUUUGUUCAGUCAGUUUUUCACAUAACAUUUGCCUUUUGUGUGAGGACAUGAAAACAUACUGUAAAUAAACUGUGUUGCAAACCCAUUUGUGAC